GGCCCGAAGUCACAGCCGCCUUUGCCUCUACCAAGAUGGCGCCCGGACGUCGUCGGCGCCAGCCGGUGCCGGCAUGGUGCGCAGGCGCGGCGUGACGUCACGGAGGCGCGACCUGACCGGCGCCGGGGAAAGGAGCCUGCUGAGGAAUGCCCAAGAAGUUCCAGGGCGAGAACAGCAAGUCUGCGGCGGCGCGGGCGCGCAAGGCGGAGGCCAAGGCGGCGGCCGAUGCACGGAAGCAGCAGGAGCUGGAGGAUGCGUACUGGAGGGACGAGGACAAGCACGUCAUGAGGAAGGAGCAGCGCAAGGAGGAGAAGGAGAAGCGGCGCCUGGAGCAGCUGGAGCGUAAGAAGGAGACCCAGCGGCUACUGCAGGAGGAAGACUCCAAGCUCAAGGGCGGCAAGGGCCCCCGGGGUGCCGCGCCGGCCAAGGUCACCCGCGCACAGAUCGAGGACACGCUCCGCCGUGACCACGCACACAAGGACGGCCCCGACCCAGCAGAGAAAGCCAAGAGCCACUUGGAGGUGCCCCUGCAGGAGAACUUGAACCGCCGCGUGCCGGAGGAGGGCAGCGUGGAGGCCCGCACUAUCGAGGAUGCCAUCGCAGUUCUCAGCGUGGCGGAAGAGGCUGACCGUCACCCUGAGCGCCGGAUGCGCGCGGCCUUCACCGCCUUCGAGGAAGCGCAGCUGCCGCGGCUCAAGCAGGAGAAUCCAAACAUGCGCCUUUCGCAACUGAAGCAGCUGCUGAAGAAGGAAUGGGCGCGGGCCCCUGAGAACCCACGGAACCAGCGGUCCGUGCCCUUCAACGCUCCCAAGUGAGCCCCCUGCCGGCUGACCCGCCCCGCAUGGGUUCCCAAGCAGACCGGGCUGUGCCGCGUCCUGGGGAGCAAGGGGCCACCGUGGACCACGCGUCCCGCCCGAGCCC